AUGAGAAUACAAAUUGAUAAUGCUUGCCUGAUUGGUGGACAAAACAUGCUAUUGACCUUUUCAAAAAUACCUAUUCAAACAUGGGAGCACAUAAAGUCGCCGGAGGAUCUUUUGAAGACAGCCUCUGUUGAAAUCACUAAAGGCAUCAAUGGCCUAGACAAACUCGUACUCCGUCAAAUCCGUGGAAGUACUGUAGAGGUGUAUCUGUAUGGAGCUCAUGUAACAUCUUGGAAAAACGAUCAUGGAAAAGAGUUGCUUUUUCUCAGUAGUAAGGCAAUCUUUAGCCCCCCAACAGCAAUACGUGGGGGAAUUCCUAUAAUCUUUCCUCAAUUUUCAAAUCUUGGCCCUCUAAGAUCCCAUGGAUUUGCUAGAAACAGAGUAUGGACCAUGGAGAACAAUUCCCAUCCUCUUCAAUCCAAACCAAUUAAUGGAGUUUUUGUUGAUUUGUUACUUAAGCCCACUGAAGAUGAUUUGAACAUAUGGCCUAACAGGUUUGAGUAUAGACUCAGGAUCACUCUGGGACUUAAAGGAGACCUAAUCAUGACAUCUCGGAUAAAAAAUACCAACACCGAUAAAAAGCAAUUUAAUUUUACAUUUGCUUAUCACAACUAUUUCCGUGUUUCAAAUAUCAGUGAAGUUCGAGUUGAAGGAUUGGGGAAACUUGAUUAUCUUGACAAUACACAGAACAGGACAAGAUUUACAGAGACACGAAAUGUUAUAACCAUUAAUUCAGAGAUUGACAGGAUUUAUCUCAGCACACCAAAAAAACUUGCAAUUCUUGAUCAUAAAAAGAAACAAACAAUUUCCAUUCAGAAACAUGGACUUCCUGAUGCUGUGGUGUGGAAUCCAUGGGAGGAGAGAUCAAAGACUAUUGUUGACUUAGGACCUGAUGACUACAAAAGUAUGGUUGCUGUGGAGGCAUCAGCAAUUGGAAAGCCUGUUAUACUAAACUCUGGUCAAGAAUGGAAAGCAGUUCAAAAGCUAUCCGAUGUUACUUCUCAUUAAAUGAUUUAAAUUACUUUUUUUGGAAUUUUUAUUUAUGUAACUAGAAUUUAUGAUACCACUGGAAAAUGUUGAUCUUGUAUUGCUACUUAUUUGUAACAUCAAUUAAUGGGGGAAUGUAUGUAUCAUUUGUGUUGAGUAUUUGAG